UUAUUUAUUCGUACACCUGUAAUAUAUUAUUUUUGUGUAUUUAGAUGAGGGCCCAUCUUGACAGGAAGGCCGAGCACAGUUCUUUGCGUGCUGUCUGGGCGGGUUUGGCUCUGCUCACGGUUCAGGGUGGAGCUCUGGCCUGGCUCACAUGGUGGGUUUACUCCUGGGACAUCAUGGAGCCUGUCACCUACUUCAUCACCUACGGCACCAGCAUGGGGGUCUACGCCUACUACGUUCUCACCAAGCAGGACUAUGUUUAUCCAGAUGCAAAAGAUAGACAGUUCCUGCAUUACUUCUACAAUGGUGUCAAAAAACAGAAGUUCAACGUGGAGAAAUACAACACACUCAAAGACGAGCUGGCUUCGGUAGAGAAAGACUUGCGACGUUUGCGAAACCCAAAUCGACUCCAACUGCCUGUUGAGCAAAUCGAGCCCAACAGUCAUGCCGCACUUCCCUAAACAUAGAGCUUAAUACUGGUGUUAUUUAUAAUACUGAUUAUAGACUUUUAGAAAACACCAUAUUAUUUGGAUCAACCAAAUAUUUAAAAUAAAGCACUUAUACUGGAUUCAUCCUUCAA